AUGAUUGAAGAGAGGGACCAGUUAAUGGUUUCCCAAAACAGUAACCAAACUCAAACAUUGAGAAAAGCUCAUUUCCUUAAACCAACUUUGGACCCCAUAAAUCAAACCCUUCCCAAACCCCCUUCUUCUCUUUCUCUCUCCUCAAAACCCAAUAUCAAUCUCCUUAAAAGAAGGGUUAAUUUCAAGGGAACGACAAUACCCCAAAAGAACUGGGACACCUGGGUUCAAAAUUUGCAGCAAACCCACGAAAAUACAUGGAAGAAAGUUGGCAUCUUUGAUGCAAUCAGGGCUUCAACUUGCUGUAUUGUUAGGGAUAAUGAGUUGAUCUUAGGGUUAGCUUAUAAUUGGUGUACUGAAACUAACACAUUUGUGUUUCAAUGGGGUGAAUGUAGCAUUACUUUGGAAGAUGUUAUGAUUUUAGGCGGGUUCUCUGUUUUAGGUGAAUGUGUUAAAACCCCAUCUCAGAACAAAGAAAUUGUGAAAUUCGGGGAAAAAAUGUUUAAUGAUUUCCUGGAAAAUAGAAGUAAUUUGAAGGGUCCAGUGGGUCAUUAUGACUGGAUGAACUAUUUCAUGGAAAUUGGGGGUGAAUUGGAGCAUAUGGCAUUCCUAGUUUUAUGGCUGUCGAGGUAUGUUUUUUCAACAGAUCAUUACUGUAGGAUUUCUCAAUGUGUUUUCCCUAUUGCAAUUUGUCUUGCUAGAGGUACUAGAAUUGCACUUGCUCCUGCUGUUUUAGCUUCAAUUUAUAGAGAUUUGAGCUUGUUGAAAGAUAAAAUUGUAGGGUUUUUGAAUGAAUGGGUGGCAACAAAACUUGUUCUUUGGGCGCCUUUUCAAUUUGUUCAGCUUUGGGUUUGGGAGAGAUUUCCAACAUUAGGUCCCUUACCCAUCAGUCUCCUUGAUGGUGAGCCAAGAUUGGCUCGUUGGCGAGACUUAAAGAAGCAGAAGAAUGAGUCUUGUGUGAUACAUUUUGAGUUGCUUGGGGAGAGUGUUGAUUCCUGGUUUUGA